AUGUUCAGACAAAACAUUAAGCAAUUCACAUCCCGCAGAUUUGGAUCACACUAUGCUCCAUCCAAGUUUCUUAAUGAGGCUUCAUACAAGUCCAACCCAAAGUUGGGUGAACAGUUUAUGAAACAAUACGAGACUAAAGUCCACCAUUCCGAAGGUAUCACCAACUUGUGGAAGAAAUUGACUUACUUUGUUGCCAUUCCAGCCAUCUUGUUGGUUGCUAUCCCAGUUGGUAAAGUUGAAAUGGAACACGCCAAGCACAGAGAACAUCAAAGACACAUGAGCGACGAAGAGUGGCCUCAACAAUACGAGUACCAAAACAUCAGAGCUAAGCCAUUCUUCUGGGGCGAUGGUGACAAGACCUUGUUCUGGAACUCUGACGUUAACAGACACAUUCAAAAAUAA